AUGUUUGUUGCAGACGAGCCUGGUUUCAGCGGGCCGAUAGAGAACGUGACCGCGCCAUUGGGUCGCGAGGCAGUGCUCGCGUGCGCCGUGCAUAACCUCUCCACGUACAAGGUAGCAUGGCUUCGUGUGGACACCCAAACGAUCCUGACAAUUCAUACCCACGUGAUUUCACGAAGUAGGCGUGUGGGUGUGACCCACAGUGACCAUAGAACCUGGUUCCUACACAUUCGGGAACUUAGAGAGACCGACAGGGGAUGGUAUAUGUGUCAAAUUAAUACAGACCCCAUGAAAAGUCAACUUGGAUAUUUGGAUAUUGUCGUGCCACCUGAUAUAAUGGAUCGCGGGACGAGUACAGACCAAACAGUUCGAGAAGGAGCUUCGAUAAGUCUGACAUGUGCGGCAACUGGUUCUCCUCAACCACAGAUAAACUGGCGGAGAGAACAUUCCAAAACUAUCCCUUUGGCUAAUGGCUCGCAAGUGACGUCGUUGGAGGGCCCCGUAUUAAAUAUUAGUCGUGUGAGCAGGCAGAACGCGGGGCCAUAUUUAUGCAUAGCCUCGAACGGUGUACCGCCGUCUGUAAGCAAAAGAAUAAUGCUCACCGUUGAAUUUCCACCGGUGAUAACAAUACGGAACCAGUUAGUUGGCGCAGCGCUUGGCACUGAUUUAGUACUGGAGUGCGAAACGGAAGCCUAUCCCAAACCCGUCAGCUACUGGAGUCGUGAAGACGGUGAAAUUGUUCCUAUUGGUGGCAGCCUAGAGCCGCAGAGGAUAGCGGGCACCUACCGCUCUAUACUGAGAUUACCUCUCAGAAGAAUCAAGACUAGUGACUACGGGGCCUAUAAAUGCGUCUCCAAAAAUUCACUAGGAGAUACCGAAGGAACCAUAAAAUUAUAUCCAAUGUCUCCACCCGCUUUGGAAAAUAAAAAUGUUAUACAAAGGUUAAACAUCAUGAUGGACAAGGCAUCGGAAAGUACUCCAUUUGGUACUCAAGAUUUCAGAUUACAAGACUACAACCGAGCCAUCUCGAGGGAUCAGUUUACGUUCGUCUUUUUGAUCUCAAUACUCGUCAUAGAUACAAUGUCUUAG